GGCCCAAAAUACCCAUCGUGCCCCAGUAGCAAAAUACUCCACCCUUGUUAAGCCGCUGCUCGAUCGAAGCCAAGAACGGCGCCUGAACAAAGAGAACAGGGGACCUCGCCGCCCAAAUCGCCGGCGACCGGAGACCUUCUCCGCCGCCGCCGCCUCCCCCGUGGUUAGGUUGUUCUCUUCGAGGCUUCCUUUGAAUGGAGCGGAGCGACUCCAUGGCCGAGUCACCGAGGAGGCGGAACGGCCUCCUGCGGGACCAGGUUCAGCUGGUGAAGAGGAAGGACACGAACCGCUAUGAGAUCGUCCCCUUUCCAGAGCAAUUGUCUUUUGAGAAGGGCUUCUUUGUCAUGAUCCGCGCCAUCCAGCUUCUGGUGCAGAACAAUGAAGGGAUCAUUUUUGUGGGAGUUGCUGGCCCCUCUGGCGCUGGGAAGACCGUGUUUACUGAGAAGGUGCUCAAUUUCAUGCCCAGUGUUGCUGUCAUAUCAAUGGACAACUACAAUGAUGCGAGCCGCAUAGUUGAUGGCAAUUUUGAUGAUCCACGUCUAACAGAUUAUGACACACUGUUGGAAAAUGUUCAUGGUCUGAAGGAAGGAAGGUCUGUUCAGGUUCCAAUAUAUGAUUUCAAGACAAGCUGCCGGACUGGAUACAGAACAGUUGAUGUCCCUAGCUCCAGGAUUGUUAUUAUCGAAGGUAUAUAUGCUCUGAGUGAUAAGUUACGGCCAAUAUUGGAUCUGCGUGUUUCUGUCACUGGUGGUGUUCACUUUGACCUGGUGAAGAGGGUCUUAAGGGACAUACAACGAGCUGGCCAGGAGCCUGAGGAAAUAAUUCAUCAGAUCUCUGAAACGGUUUAUCCAAUGUACAAGGCUUUCAUUGAGCCAGAUUUGAAGACAGCGCACAUAAGAAUCAUCAAUAAGUUCAACCCUUUCUCAGGGUUCCAAAAUCCUAUGUACAUUCUGAAGUCGCCACGGUCUCUAACACCUGAUCAAAUCAAAGCCGCUCUUGGUGAAGAUCAAACAGAAAGCAAUGAAGAAACUUAUGAUAUAUAUUUACUUCCGCCAGGUGAAGAUCCAGAAGCAUGCCAAUCUUAUUUGAGAAUGAGGAAUAGGGAAGGGAAAUACAAUCUGAUGUUUGAGGAGUGGGUGACUGAUAAUCCUUUUAUCAUAUCACCAAGGAUUACUUUUGAAGUCAGUGUACGUCUUCUUGGUGGUUUGAUGGCGUUGGGCUAUACUAUAGCAGCUAUACUGAAGAGAAGCAGUCGUGUGUUUUCUGAUGGCAAGGCUACUGUUAAAAUUGAUUGGCUGGAGCAACUUAGCCGAAGGUAUAUACAGGUGCAAGGUAGAGAUAGACUUUAUGUCAAAUCUGUAGCGGAGCAGUUAGGUUUGGAUGGUUCUUAUAUCCCACGCACGUAUAUUGAACAAAUCCAACUGGAGAAACUGAUGAACGAUGUUAUGGCCUUACCAGAUGAUUUGAAGACAAAGCUCAGCAUUGACGAUGAGCUGGUUUCAAGUCCAAAAGAAGCUUUUUCUCGGGCUUCUGCUGAUAGGAGAAACAAACUUAUGAAAAGUGGGCUGUCUCAUUCAUAUUCAACACACGGAGAUAAAAGUAUGGUGAAAUUGGAUAAGCUGACGGAUUCCAAUAGAAGGUUUGGCAGUCGGCGAACCCCUGAACCUCCUGCUAUCAACCAGGGUGCAAUUGAGCAGCUGUCAGAACAGAUAUCAACAUUGAACGAGAGGAUGGAUGAGUUUACCUGUCGAGUUGAAGAUCUCAACUCAAAAUUUACAUUAAUAAAAUCUUCACCAAGUCAGCAAAACUUAGCUCUUCCAAGUGAAACUCGUAAUGGUUCUGCACCUACAAAUCUCUUUGUUUCUCAGUUGGGUAAUGGUACUCUUAUACCUCAUUCGUCAUCAUCAAACCAACUUUCAAAAGAGUCCCCACUGACGGAAGAGAUUAUGGUCUUAUCAAGAGGUCAGCGCCAAGUAAUACACCAGCUCGACAACCUCACCAACCUGCUUCAUGAGCAUUUGGUCGUGACCCGCCAAGGAAAUGCCACAGGCAGAAACCGGAUCCAGGAAGGAAUCGACAUGGCCAUCUGCCCGCUUAUAAUCCUGACAAUCGGCACCGUUGGGUAUUUUGUGUUCAAGAAUCUUAACCGGAGCUGACCAGAGUGAAUCGUGUGAAGGCUGCAGUUUUGAAGCUCACCACCAAGUUCAGUCAAGAACUAUAGGAGGCCCAGCAGUCUCGAUUUUGAUCGCCAGUACCUGGAGCCCAGACUCCAAAACUGUUACAUUUCCUGGAAGAUAUAGAAUGUCCUCAAACCAGACACCAAGGGGUGCAUUUCUCAUAUAUUUCAAGAUAGGCAACAACUCAUAUACCAGCGCACGCAACAGAGUUUAGUCUCGAAAUCGAGUGGGGAUACUUCGGAAAGCUUGAAAAAAUGAUGUACUGGAAGCAUACAUUGCCUGUAAUCGAUACUGGAAGGUCCAGCAUCAAUAAAUUUUGGGGGUUAACGGUAACAA